AUGAACCCCGGCGGCGGGGGGGCGGCGCCGACUUUCCCUGGGCCCGUGCAGUUUCCCGGUGGCACCACGGUGCUGGUGGAGCUCACCCCCGACAUCCACAUCUGUGGCAUCUGCAAGCAGCAGUUCAAUAACCUCGAUGCCUUUGUUGGGCACAAGCAGAGCGGUUGCCAGCUCACUAGUGCAACGGCCGGGGCGACCAGUACGGUCCAGUUUGUGUCAGAAGAAACUGUGCCAUCUACACCGGCACAAACAGCAGCCCGGACCAUCGCUUCAGAGACCCAAACCAUCACAGUUUCUGCACCAGAGUUUGUUUUUGAGCAUGGCUAUCAAACGUACCUGCCCAGUGAGAGCAGUGAGCCACCAGCUGCUGCUGUUGUCUCUACCGCACCAAAAGCACGUUCAAGAAAAUCCAAUUCCUCACUUAUGCAGAAGAAAUUAAACUGCUGCUAUCCAGGUUGCCAGUUCAAGACUUCCUAUGGGAUGAAGGACAUGGAACGUCAUCUACGGACACACACAGGAGACAAGCCCCAUAAGUGUGAAGUUUGUAACAAAUGUUUUAGUCGCAAGGAUAAGCUGAAGAUGCACAUGCGGUCUCACACGGGGGUGAAGCCUUACAAGUGUAAGCACUGUGACUAUGCAGCUGCUGACAGCAGCAGCCUCAACAAGCACCAGCGAAUUCACUCCAACGAGCGUCCUUUUAAAUGCCAGAUCUGUCCUUACGCGAGCCGCAACUCCAGCCAGCUAACUGUACAUCUCAGGUCCCACACAGGAGAUGCUCCUUUCCAGUGUCAGAUGUGCCCUGCUAAAUUUAAAAUCAACUCUGACUUGAAGAGGCACAUGCGUGUGCAUUCUGGUGAGAAGCCCUACAAAUGUGAGUUCUGCGAAGUGCGCUGCGCCAUGAAAGGAAACCUCAAAUCACACAUUCGUAUCAAGCACAACAUGGAAAAUACUCUCAAGUGUCCAGAGUGUGAAUUUCAGUGUGGAAACAAAACAAGCCUUCGGCACCACAUAAGAACUCACCAGCCUGAACAACCAGUGAAGUGCUCAGAGUGCAACUACUCCUGCUCCAACAAGGCAGCUCUGAAAGUGCACGAGCGAAUCCACUGCAAAGAUCGGCCCUUCAAGUGUGAAUUCUGCAGCUUUGAUACCAAGCAGCGGAGCAACCUGACAACUCAUGUGAGGAAAGCUCAUGGUGACAAAGCCAAGACCAAGAAGCAAACAGUGGAGAAGAAGGAAGGAGAUAAGCCAAAGCAAGGUGGCUCCAGGCAAGUUGCCAAACUGGAUGCUAAGAAAGCAUUUAAGUGUGACCUGUGUGACGCUUCCUUUGUCCGAGAAGAUUCUCUUAGGAGCCAUAAGAAGCAGCACAGUAUGUAUAACGGAUCUAAAAACAAUGAACUGGCUGUCCUGCAGCUCCAGAUGGAUCCCAGUCGGCAGACCAGUGCCCCAAUUACAGUCAGUCACCUACAGGUCCCGCUUCAGGCAGCUCAGGUUUCUCCAUACAAUGAGGGAAGGGUCAAGAUCAUUGUGGGUCACCAGGUGCCUCAGACUAGCAAUAUUGUUCAGACUGCAUCAGUGAAUGUCGUGCCUCCUACCCUAGUUAGCCAGAAUCAGGAAGACCUCUCUGCCAACAGCCGCUUGCAGCUCCUUGGGCAAGUCAGUCUGUUGGCACCACCUCCCCCUCCCAUAUCUCAAAGCGAAGCAGGGCCUGUGGCACAACCAGCAGUUCUUCUCACAACCCACGACCAAAGUGAUGGAAGCGCUUUACAUCAGACUCUGAUUCCCGCUGCUCCUGUCAGCAGUCACGAGGCUUCAGCAAACCAGGCUUUCAUCACCAGCUCUGGAAUCAGCUGCUCUGACUUAGAAGGCCUUAAUGCUUUGAUACAAGAAGGAGCAACUGAAGUGACUGUGGUUAGUGAUGGAGGUCAGAGUAUUACAGUGUCUACUUCAGCUCCCCCUCCUCCUAUCUUUUCUUCAUCUUCUCACACGGAAGCCCCUAAGCAGACUUAUUCUAUCAUUCAGAGUGGAGCCCAUACAGCUUUGCUGUGUCCAGCAGACUCCAUACCGGAUUAG